AUGGAGGACCUCCUUAACAAACUUCAUCGUCUCCUUGAUGAUCAUUCACUUUCUCCGGAAACAAGAAAACUCACUUAUGGCACUUCUGGUUAUCGUUGUCGUGCUGAUCUAUUAGUUGGCGGUGGAAAGGCAGUUGGGAUCAUGAUCACGGCAUCUCACAAUCCUCCCCAAGAUAACGGGUUGAAACUAAUCAAUACGGAUGGAGGAAUGUUCCCUUCUGAUUUUGAGAAUAGUAUUAUUGAGUUUGUUCAACUCCAAGGCAACCAACUAGAGUCUUUCCUCCUAACAUACUUUUCAAAAUCUACCUAUAAUGCAAGUAUCGUACCUCAAGUGUACAUUGGCUGGGAUUCGCGAGAUAGCUCUGUCAGUUUGUCUCAAGAAGUUACGAAGGCAAUAACUGCUUUGGGAGGAAAGUACAUUGAUUUCGGACUCGUGACAACUCCACAGUUGCACUUCUUGGUUCAUAUUCAGAGUAAAAAUCAUCCGCCCAAUAGUUUGGAAGAUUACGUAAACGUUUUCCUCAGACGUUUCGUGAAAGCUUUCAAUACAUUAAAAGGCGGAGAAAUCCAUCUCAAUGUGGACUGUGCUCACGGAGUUGGUGCAUUGAUCCUGACCUCCCUAUCCACUCGUCUCUAUCUGGCCUCAAAGGAAGCUUCCUACUCACCAAAUAGCCCUCGUCUAUGUCUUCGCACUUUCAAUACUAUGCUCAAUAAAAAAGAUCUGCUUAAUAAGGACUGUGGUGCUGAUUUCAUAAAGCUCUACAGUAAAUUGCCGAAAUUAACGCCAUUACCUGACGAAAAGGAUCUAUUCACCUCUUCAACUCGAUGGGCUACAGUCGAUGGUGAUGCAGAUCGUCUCCUGUAUUUCUUCUGUUCUGAAAACAGCUCAUCUGUCAAUAUUUUGGACGGAGAUCAUAUUGCAGCGCUCUUUACUACCUUUAUAGCUGAUCAGCUUGCUGAACACCAAUGCCUCCAGCGUCGUGGAUCCGAACGCAUUGGAGCAUCAAGACUUCGUUUGGGAGUUGUCCAAACUGCGUAUGCUAAUGCUGCGUCGACAAGAUUUUUAAAGCAGUAUCUAGCGGACGUCCUCAAUGAUCCAAAUCCAGAUGAAAGCGUGGUUUGUACUCUGACGGGAGUUAAGCAUCUCCACAAAGCUGCCAAGGAAUUUGAUUUUGGAGUAUACUUUGAGGCGAAUGGUCAUGGAACUGUAGUGCUAUCGGAGCGAGCUCAACAUUACGUUGCAAGUUUACCGGAUAACGACCCACUUCCUCUGUUCAUGUCGUUGGUUAACACCGCGGUCGGAGAUGCGGUGACUGACAUUCUUCUUGUGGAAUAUAUUCUGGCAGUUAAGGGACAUUCUCUGCAACAAUGGUUCGAUUACUAUCAUGAUCUACCAUCAAAACAACUGAAAGUUGUUGUCAAAGACCGACAUGUGAUUGUCAAUACCGAUGCGGAUAGGAAGGUCACUCACCCACUGGGAUUACAGGAGGAUAUUGACUCAUUGGUCAAAGAGGUUGAUGCUGUAUCCACAAAGGCGGGCCAACCUGCUGGCUUGUCACGAGCGUUCGUUCGGCCCUCAGGAACAGAAGAUAUGGUUCGAGUCUACGCUGAGGCCGCUACCGUCCCACUUGUUGAUUGGUUAGCUACUAGUGUUGCCCGACUGGUCCACGAGAAGGCCGGAGGAGUUGGUGUGGAACCAACUAAUCCCGGUCCUAUUCCCUACUGA